AAUUUAUUUUUAUUUAUUUGCUAAAAAACAUAUGGUAGAAUGAAUAUAAAACAAAAAUGAUGCAUGUAGAUACAUAUCUCCAGCAUUUAAUACAUCCAAGAUGUAACCCUCAUGAAUUUCCUUCUUUCUCAGCGGACAAAAAAGCCACCACCGUGUUGGCAUUCUCUCCGCCACCCAUUCUCUGUAUAAAUCCGCCCUCCCUCCGCCACUUCUAUAUCCCACCACACUCACACUUACACUCAAAAAAUCAUUCAGGAAACAAAAAAUGGAUAUCUGGUCAUGGAUAUCUGACCUUACCAACUCGGACGAGUUGAAUUAUUCUCAACUCACUUUCCAACUCGCUUCUUCCAGCCCGAGUUCAUACAAGAACAACGAUUCGACUCAGUCGAUUCAUCUCAGAGCCGAGCGCACCCUCGGCUCGAACUCCGAACCCUCGGUUGUCUUCUCCGUUUGUCUCCGAGGGUUUCAGUGUUCUUCCUCUGAAGAUGGAGAUGAAAAGAUCAUCUGGUCUUCCGACACGUGUCCUCUGUCCUCCUCCGACGACGACAGAUCACCCACCUUCUUGCCGCUCGUACUUCAGCUCCUCCAGGAAAUCGUGACGCGUGCGCCCAACGCGCACGAUAGCACCUGCCCACGUUCGCAGCUCCAGAAGCUGAAGCCCGAGCCGGUGUCGUGGAUACUCGACUCCCACUCGCCCGAGUCCUUCUCCAGCUUCUUCAGCCUCAUCUUCCUCACGCGCCUCUUCUGGACGUGCGUGUGCGACGCGCCGUCGGAAGUCGGCUGCUUCUACUUCCACUCCAUGCUCACCCCCAACCUCGAGGGCUUCUCGUGCAAGCACGCGCCGGUGCUGCGGAACUUCUUCCUCACCGUCGGGACCGACGUGGAGCUCUGCUUCGUCCGCACCUUCGGGUACAUGUUAGCAAAGUGGCUCAUUUUAAAAGACGUCGAAGCUGGUUUGAAAUCUCUGACGCUUUUGCCCUCCAAGAAUCUCGGAUUCUCCUACGCCGUCGAGUCUCACGGGCUGUGGAUCUUGAAGGGCUACUCUCCGGUGAAAUCCAUGCAGUGCAUGCAGUCGUCGUCCGGCCAAAAAAAUCGCCAGUUCCCUGGCGUGAUCGAGGCCAGAGAAUCCCUGCUGAAAUACGCUUUAGCCCACCAGCAACUCGAGGCUGUAAUCCAACUGGAGUACACCGUUCGAUUCUUCGAUAACUUCAUCCAAGUCAACGCGCGCGUCGACAAUAUAAGAAUCCACGUGGUGAAAUUAGGGUUCAAGAAUAACUCGGAUAACGAUCAGAAUCUCGCGGACGAGAAACAUUUCCCAUCGAGGAUCCGCGUAUGGGUCGGGCCGGAAAUCGGGGCGGGCUACGUUGGCGGGCUUAGCCUGGCCCGGUCCACGGACAACACGGAGAGAGAAAUGGAGAUGCAAAAGACGUUGAAGGGUAUAACUUCCGGAAAUUCAAAGGUCCCGAGUGUGACAGAGACAGCGAAGAUGGCGACGAGGACGAAGAUCAAGAACUGGAGGUGCGAGCAAGACGUGGAAGGAAACGCCGCCGUUUUCGAUGCGAUUCUAUGCGACAACACCACCGGGGUGGAGAUCGCCACGUGGAGGCCUCCCGUCGGCGGCGGGGGCGGGGUGAUGGGGCUCAACUUCCGGGGCAGGUACACGGGAAGUGGCCGGCCGUUUACGAAAUCAGGCGGGAUGAUAUUCGCCGGCGAAGAGUACGGCGAAGGUGUGGGGUGGAGGCUGAGCAAGGAGAUGGAAGGGAGUGUGCUCAAGUGGAGGAUUGGUGGGGAAGUUUGUGUGACCUAUCUUCCUAAUGACGUGGCAUGUUCUUACUAUGAGACAAGGUGUAUUGAGUGGUGUGACGAGGUUGAUUUGCCCUUGAUUCCUAGUAAAACUUGAGACUUUCUAAUAUAUCUUUUAUUUAUUAUUCUUAUAUUAUAAUGUACUUUGUUGUAAUAUAAUUAUUGGACGUGUACAUAAAUAAAUAUAAUUAAACUAGGGGGAAAUUCAGGCUAUGUUUGGAAGUGUUUUGGAACUUAUUUUGAUUUCAUUUUGAGAAAAUAUGUUUUGGGUAAAGAAUUUGAGAAUGAAAGUAAUGUUUGU